AGGUCUUUUCCCGGCUUGGGAAUGGAAGGUGGAGUGUGAAAGGGGCCCUGCGAGGAGAGGGACAAGGAAUUUUAAGUGGAGUAGGACGCAACGGUCAAUAUUCAACUACAUUGUAUUUGAUUUCAAGCUGGCCGCGACAACAAUGAACCCACAUUACCACCCCUACACGGAGCUGCCGUCUCCUCACUCCCCGCCUCCGGACGGGGCGUACAGUAACGGCCACCACGUGAUGGGGGGUGGAGGACCUCACGAACAUCACCACCACCCAGCAGGGCCUUUCCCGCCGCCGCACCUACACCACCACCACCAUCACAUCAACAACAACAACAAUAACAAUAACAACAACAACAACACGACUGGGACUGCCGGAGGUGUUAAAGUGUGUGCGGGUUGCGGGGGUAAAAUUUUAGAAAGGUUUCUACUUCAUGCCCUAGACCGUUACUGGCACAAUUCUUGUCUAAAAUGUACCUGUUGUGGAGCGAUGUUAGCGGAUAUAGGAUCAUCGUGUUUCACAAAAUCAAAUAUGAUUUUAUGCAAAAAUGAUUAUAUAAGAAUGUUCGGGAGCACAGGAGCGUGCUCGGCCUGCGGACAGACGAUCCCCGCCAGCGAGCUUGUGAUGCGAGCGGCAUCCGGCUCCGGGGGGCCCCAGCACCACGUUUUCCACCUGCGCUGCUUCACCUGCUCCAAAUGCGGUGGCCCCCUCGUCCAGGGCGAUCGGUACUACCUCGUCAGUGGGAGCCUCGUCUGCGAAAACGACUGGCUCAAGCUGGUGAAGGCGAGCGGCGGCCCUGGGGGCGGUGCAUCCGGACCAGCUCCCUCGCCAGCAACCGGGGUCCGCAAAGGCAAAGUCGGCCGCCCCCGCCGAAGCAGGGACUGAGCACACGGUAAUUAUACAAAAAAACCAAAUAUCCUGCCCGAAAAGCUCAGUUUAUCCCAACUUCCGCCUUCUCGAGUCCGUCCUUUCCCUUGUACAGGCCCUAAAAAUGAAAUUUGAUUGUCAUCGAGCGAUGAAGAGAUCUCCGUUCUAGUAGGAAGUGUAUAUAGUUAGCCAAUUGUUGUAUUAACCCUUUAAACAAAAACUGCCUCAUUUGUCAAAAGGAAAGGGCAGUUAAUUAAUUUAAAAUUAAUACCGAAAGAAAUAUUAAACAAAAAAAACCCUUCAAAAGACUAUCAGUUCCAACCCUUCCAUGUAUUGAAUUUUUUUUUCAAUACUGAUUUAAUUCAUUUAUUUUUUGAAAUAUUUUUAAAGUGUAAUAAGAAAAUAUGGCAAAAAGAAGGAACGGUUGUACGUUGAGAUGAUGAGUAGUUGGUGUCCUAGGGGAUCGAACUCUCGAUAGCUCAAGUGGUUUUAGCAGGGGUUCGUAAGUUCGAAUCCCGCUUGCGACACUGAUUUUUCAUCUCAACCAAAAACCGUAGAUAAAAAGAAUAAUUAAUUGGUCUAAUAAGAACAUUUUUCUCUCUGGUUUUGUUAGUUGAAUCUCCUAAACAACUUUUACAGAUUCUGAUGUUUUUAACAAAUAGAAUUUAAUAGAUUGCUAAGUAUCGUUAAAAAAAACGAAAACGGGGCUCGACAUGGUUUCAAUAACCGCGAUAGUCGUUAAAAUCAUAGUAUUGUCUAGUUUUGUAAACCCAUAUCGAUGUGACAAAAAUGAAUCAAACAAGUUAAUCGCCCUUUGCAAAAGGUUGAUUAAAAUGUUUCAUGCGUCGGUUUUUCUUGAGUAUUAGAGCAUGUACAUUGCUAAAAAACAGUUCGAAGAAAACUGAACAGUUUGUUCAAAUGUGCAUUUAACAGUCUAAUCAAUCUAAAUUAUUAUUUUUUUUAAAACGCACAGUUGAAUAAUUUUUAGACAGAUUUAAUAUAAAACAAUAAAUUACACAUUAACGAUUUUAAAAGUCUUUGGAUUUAGUGAUGUGUGUCAAACACAAUACAAAAUUAUUAUGCCAGUUUUAUCAAUAUUGUUUCGCAUGAUUAAUAACGUACGUCCAUUUUUGAAAAUAAUUUUAUCACCUAACCAAAGCAAAACAUGAUUUCUUUUGUUUAAAUUUUUUAUUGUACAGUAUUCAUCCAUUUUAAGUUACGAUGGUCAUAGCGUGUUCUUCGAGUUUUACAAGGACAUUAUAUCGAUGAUACGCUACAUUUUUGCUCAAAAAAUUACUUUCAGUUAUCAUACACCUCGUACAUCAACCCCCAUAUCAUCGGAUGCAUGCCCUUUCCUUUAAUUAUGACCAUACACUGUUUAGUCGUGAUUAUGUAAAUACAUUCGGCUGUUUAAACCCCUGCCUACCCCCUCGUAAAAUGCCGUCCUUUUA